GUUACCCAGGCUGAUCUCAAACGCCUGGUCUCAAGUGAUCCUGCUAUCUUAGCCUCCCAAGUUGCUGGGAUUAUAAUUUUUCUUUUGUUCUAAGUCAAACCCAUCACAGUCUUUUCUUGUCCUUCCAGGUGUUUCCAGUGGCUGGGCCCUGGAUGUGCUCUCUUUUCCUUAGAGCCCAGAGAACUUUUCUUUCCCUUCUUAUAUGAUCCCGUAACUUUUUCUAACACAUUACCAAGGGCCUGUGUCAAUCAGCUGGGGGCAUUUCUUGAAGGGAGGGCCUUUGUGUGGUCUGUUUCUAGUGACUUCCAGCUUUAACCCAGAGCUUUAUGAUUCUGCAUAACGUGGAUGCCCACAGCCUUUUUGUUGAAUGGAGGCACUCAGUCUCUUUGGGAAAAGAGAAUUCAUGAUAAGUGGGGAGCUCCCCACUUCAGGGGUGCCAGACUGGUAAAGCAACAGAAUGUCCAAUGUCCAAGAGUGACCUCAUAAAGCAAGGAUUCCCUUCAUGGACCCUUCUCCACUGCCUCUCAGAAUCCAGAUGCUAAGGAAAAUCCCUAAGCAGAGAUUUUCUGUUGGAUGAUAAAAGCAAGAAAUAAAAGUUGGAAAUUUGGAAAAUGUCUCAACACCGUCACCAGAGCCUGUUGAAAGUCAUUUCUAGUUCACUGAUUGCUACAUCAAUGGAAUUCUGCCCAGCAUUCAAGAAAUUUAAGCGGAAAGAUGAUGAGUUUCGGUCAUUUGUGAAGAAAGUCAUAAUGAGCCGUUUCUUUAAGUUAAUUAUGAUUAGUUCUGUCGGACUGAAUGCCUUUUUUACGGCCUUGUGGACCAGUUAUGACAUCAGGUACCGCUUGUUCAGACUUCUUGAGUUCUCGGAGAUGUUCUUUGUGUCCAUCUGCACCUCUGAGUUGGCCAUGAAGAUCUAUGUGGACCCCACUGAAUACUGGAAGGAUGGCUACAACAUGCUGGAUGUGGUCAUCUUCAUCAUUAUGUUUCUCCCCUAUGUCUUCCGCAAGUUCCUGGGCAAACAGUUCACUUACCUGCAUAUCACUGAUGGCAUACAGUCCCUGCGCAUCCUCAAGCUUAUCAGCUAUAGCCGGGGCAUCCGGACGAUGAUCACCGCCGUGGGGCAGACAGUCUACACCGUGGCCUCAGUGCUCCUCCUGCUCUUCCUCCUCAUGUACAUCUUCGGUGUCUUGGGCUUCUGCCUAUUUGGAUCUCAAGACACGGGUGACUAUGAUAACUGGGGGAACCUGGCCGUGGCUUUCUUCACCCUCUUCAGCUUGGCCACGGUUGAUGGCUGGACAGACCUGCAGAAGCAGUUGGACAAUCGGUCUUUUGCUUUGAGCCGGGCAUUCACCAUCGUCUUCAUCUUGCUCGCCUCUUUCAUCUUCCUCAACAUGUUCGUGGGUGUGAUGAUCAUGCACACAGAGGACUCCAUCAAAAAGUUUGAGCGAGAGCUGAUGUUGGAGCGAAAAACAACAAUCAUGGAACAGAAGCAGGUGAUUCUGCAGCGGCAGCAGGAGGAGGUCAGCAGGCUGAUGCACAUGCAGAUAAACGCUGACUGCAAAAGUUUCAGUGAGUUGGUGGAGAACUUUAAGAAGACCUUGCGCCACACUGACCCCAUGGUCUUGGAUGAUUUUGGCACUAGCCUACCCUUCAUCGAUAUCUACUUUUCCACUCUGGACUACCAGGACAUGACUAUCCACAAGCUUCAAGAGCUGUACUAUGAGAUUGCGCAUGUGCUGGGCCUGAUGCUGGAAGACUUGCCCCAGAAGCCCCAGCCCUUGGAAAAGGUGGAUGAGAAGUAGCUGGGCAUGGGGGCACCCAUGUGCCGAGGGCCUUGCAGACUGUGACAGAUCCCUAUUAAACACAGGCUUUCUGAGUUGGCCUCUC